AUGAAUGCCGCAUGUUCGUCGCAAGAUGCGGCUGUUCUAGUUGAGACGGGGGAAGAAGUUAGCGAGCCUAAUCCCUCUGCAGGCCUAGCGCAACCUGAGUUAGUUAUUGAACUUAUCCUCAACAAUUCCGUCGAUGCUGACAAGAUCUUGGCCUUGGCCCCCUCCGCAUAUCUGGUUUCAAGCCACAAUUCCUCUAUUGGUAAAACCCUUGAACCAGCUAGCAAUGCUCUUUUGGCUUUCGGCUCUUGUGGUCUCCAGUGGGACCUGAUGAUACUCGCUCUCACCCAGUCUCCAGUCAACCGGAGAAAUGGGCGGAAAGGGCCCACCAAGCCUCAGGGCAACGAUUGGCGAGCUAACCAAGCGGAAGAGUCGACGAUGUUUUCACCCGUAAGGCCAGCGGUCCAGGCGACGAUACGCAACAAAUACCGCCGUAAGCAAUGGCCGUUGUUGGGGAUGCCCGCGCCUGACCUUUGGCCCCUAGCCCAAGCAAGCCGCCAGCACCUGCAUGCCGAAGUUGCAAGGGUUGGCGACGGGAAGUGGUUCGGGCCUGUUGCCAGCGCCAAUUUGCCUCCCAUCCGGGGAUUCAAGGGAAUUGACUGA